AGUGAGCUGGCAGUGUGACACAGCUGCAUUUCACCUCCUCCUUUAGGAACAAUUUGCAUGAAUUUCUUUAAAAAAAAAAAAAAAGUAUUUCCCUUUAUCUCUCAAUCACGCUUUUGCUUAAUCUUUUAAAGUUUUUAUUCUUCUGUUAGCGAGAGGAUGGCUUUUCCAAAGGAGAUCCUUACUUUUAUUUUAUCUCUGAUGGCACCUCUUGUACUUUUUGCAUCAAACAACAUUCCUGCGCUGCAAAAGCCACUGGUUAUCCUGGGUGUAGAAGUAGCUGUUCUUGCUGCAGUACUCUUUAUGGCAUAUCUGUGUGUUCGAAAAGAAAAAUCAGUGGACUUCCUGUUUUAUGUAUUCGUUGUGUUUUCUUUCACGUCCAUCGUUGACCUUGUGUGUGCUCUUGAGCUGGAUGGAUAUAUCAAAGGCUUUGUGGAUUUCUAUAUUAACAAGGGAGAACCGUAUUUGAACACAGCACAUUGCAUCAUGAAGAACUACUGGAAUGGAGGGGUGCACUUUGUUUUGCUCCUUGCCAUCAUCUACCGCAUGCGGAAAGGGAUGCCAUAUCGGAAUUUGGCGCUUCUUUGGGUGGGUUCCAUGGUAGCCACUCAGAUCGUCUUUAUUCCAAGCAUUGUUAUAGGUAAACAUGCUAAGAACAUCUAUCCAGCAUUUGGGCUCAGCCUCUUUUUCCUGAUUCUGUCUAUAUGGACAGCAGUAAAGCUUUUCAAAAGGCCCAGAGAGCUGCCAAUCAUUCCAGCAGACAAGGUUGCAGCAGAUCAGAAGAAAAGGCUUCUGUAUCGCCCCAAAGACCUCCUGCUCACACUUACUUUGCUCGGAGCCAUGGCCUUCACUGUGUUCAGAGGAUUUGUUGUCCUUGAGUGCACGCUGGACAUGUGUUUCACCUACAUUUACCAGUACGAGCCCUACAUGAAGGACAGUGUUUCCUUCCCUAAGGUCAUGAUGUUGGUGUUCCUCUUCUACGCUAUGCCCCUGCUAACCAUGUUAGUUUACGGGCUGACUGUUCCGGGAUGCACUUGGAUGUUGGAUUGGACUUUGUUGCUCACAGGCGCUAUGGCUCAGAUGCAGUGGACGUACAUCGGUGCGUCCGUGCACUCUCGGACGCCCUUCACCUAUCGCAUCCCUAAAGAGGAGUGGAGGCUAGUCAUGACCCUUAACCUUGUGUAUUUAGCUGUCCCUGUCCUGCUAGCUGCACGCUGCUACAUAGACCCAGCCUUUUUCAUGAAGCCGGUGCCUCCAGGACAAGCAGACAACGACAAAAAACGCAAGUAGAUGCAUAAAACCCAAGCAAAGCAAAGUUCUUACGAACCUACAAACUUAACCACGUAAGUGAGACAGUGAGUCUCCUGAUUGUGUCUGGAAUCUGAAGCUCCCAGUGGUGGACUUCACCUCAUCUCCUCUCCUGAAUGACCCUUGUCUCUGCUGUGUGGAAUAGAAUCAGCUCUGCUGUUCAAGAGCUUAUCUCUGCUAGAUGAAUGAGUCAUUUGAUGCAAUCCAGACAGUAACUCUGGACUCUGGUACACACUUUUCUGCCAACACAACACAGACGGCAGAAUUACUUCAUACUGUGAGUCUUUGAGGUUUGAUUUCAAAGCUGCAUUUUUAUCUGCAAAGGUAUCUUGCGAAGAUCUGACAGUUAAAUCCUCUCUUCCUAAUGAGCCAUUGUGAUGUACAAGAAAUGUGAUUGUCUCUCAAAGUGGUUUAUCGUAGACAGUUUUCUUUCUAAUUAUCUUUCUCAGGAUUUUUUUUUUUAAUCUGUUGUUUAUCUGUUGUUGUUUUUUUGGUUUCGGAGGAUUUAUAUCAAACGGAUUGUGAUGAGGUUGAAACUGAUCUUUUGCAGUAAUAAUAAUAGUAAUAAAAAAAAGAAGAAGAAACAAAUCAGAACUUUUUUAAAAGAUGCACACCAGCAGCUCAUAUUUGGUGCACAUUCCCUGAUAUGAAUCUAUAGUCUUGUGAAAUGCACUGUUUAUUAUACUCAGGGAGGGAGGUGCAACUUGUAAGGACACUGUAAUGUGCGUGAGGUUUUAUCAGUUAGAUUUCCUUUCCAUGUUUGCAAACUCGUUCUGCUCUUCCUGCCAAACCCCUGACUCUUGUCUCUGUGCAUUAUCAAUGACAUCAUCCAGGUCAUAGAAUUUCAAUGAUCCUACACAUGGCCUAGUGAACUCUGACCCCACAGUUUUACAGAGAUUACUAACGAAUGACUGCAACGGGUUUUGCAACGUCGCUGUUAAUCAGAAACCACUACAGAGCUUUGUUUGUGAACUUUGGCAGUCAUAGUGACUAAUAAAGAUGUUAGUAACACUUUAUUUAAAGGAACACAUAUAACUUGUUAACAAAGGUCAUGUUUUUUGUUUAAUAAAGCUCUAAAUUGCACCCAUGUAAAAUGUUUACUACAUAGCUAGACGUCAUUUAUGUAAAGAUGAGUAAUAAUUAUGCAUUAUUAGUAAUCAGUCUAAAUUAAAACCAUGUUAUAUAGAAUACUGUGUAUAAGAUAAUAAUGUCAUUGUCCUUUUAAUAGACAGAUAAUGACAGGGUUACCAGGCUCACAGAUUUUUCAUUAAACUGGCCUAGUUUAAAAAUACUCCUCAGCUGCCAGUAUCUUGUUUUAUGUUGCGUCUGUGGUGUACUAAACACAGGUCUGUUAUAGCAUAUGAUCAAAAAUUGGAAUAGGGAAAGGUUGACUAAUAUAUAUAUCUGCAUCUGAAAUGCGUGUCUUUGUUUCCAAUGUGAAAAAAGUGCUAUUUUCGAGCAGCAGGAUUUUCUGAGCUAGGUUCAAGUCCUUUGUAUGGUUUUGUCAGCUAGAAAUUUUGCUGAAUCCCUGCAACACGAAAUCAUAUAACCUCUUGAACAUGGCUGCUGUACUGAACACUUCUCCACAAUUAUAUGUCUAAACCUGCACAAAACAAGCUGCCAGACUGUAUCUUGGACGAUGCUGCGUGUUACAGCGUUACUCUAAAUAUUCACUAGCUAGUACGCUAUAGUUAUAGAUCGUAAGCUGUGAUAUCUUCUCCACUUCAUUUUGUUCUAGUUUAUUUCUUUAUUAAUCUUAUCCUGUCCUAACAAAAAAAAAAUAAUCACAUGCCACCGCUGUAAAAGAUCUUGUUAUAAAUAAAGACCUUUACAAUCAUUUAAUUUCAGGUUUAUUAAGCAGCAAAACACAACCACAACACAACAAUGUUCAUUACAACAAUACGCACAAAGAGAUUAUGCAUUAAAAGUUUGGUCAUAAAUAAACAAGUGUUGAUUCCGAAUUAAACGCUUGCUAACCCCAAAGAUAUUUACACACAUCUCUAUAUUACAGACACAUCAUGAAUCAGAUUUUCUUGAAGUAAUUCAGGUCAUUCCCAGUCAUUCAGAAACAAGAUGUCUUUCAGAUUGCCUCAUUACAAUAUCAAAACCCACACAUUUGCUGAAUUACAGCAUAAGAAAGGAAAAGCUCCCCCCUAUAGUAUUAGCAAAGUGGCACCCUGUGGUGUGGGAGGUUACUGUGGCAGCGCAGGGCUGAGAUGUAAUCGGCCAAGGAUGACUGGAU